AUGAAGUGCAUGGUUGUUAUUAAAUCACAAUCUAACAAAUUAGAUCUGCUUGUAGUGAUCCCAGAAUAAAGAAGAAAGAGUAUAUAGUUAAUUUGUAAAUGUAAUUUAUUAAUAAUAAUAGUUUAAGUUUUGGAAAUUCAGAAUUAAUAAAGAAAUGUAAAAACAAGAUUAUAAUGCUUGAUUGGAAAUAAAUACUGGCUUAUCUAAGCAUUUGAUGGAAUUGGUUUCCAUUUAUAUUUAAUCUGA